AGGAAGGUUGAUGCUUGGUAUUGUUGCGUCACAAUACAAAAUGCCUCUGAUGACGUAAUGAUCAAACACCAAGCUGCCACUGGUGAAAUGACGGAUCAUUAGCUGAUUGAACUGCAAGGUGAACGAACGAGUUUAAUUGUUCUGAAAGCCACUUCCUAUUCCAAGUAUUCAAGACUAGAAGGAACAUUCUGAUUAGAAUCCUGCAGACCAGUGAAUGAUGAAUAGGAGGCCCAACCUGAAUGGGUCUGGAGGACCAAGGUCCAUCGGUGUUCCACUGCUCUGUCCUUCUAACAGAGUGCUGCUGGAGAGAGAAGAGGUCAGCCAGGCCCCAGUGAUGGCCUCCUCUUUCAGGCCCUCAGCGUUCCCCUCCCUGCAUGUUGUACCUCGUGCUCCCAAUCCUGAUGAAAUCAGGCCCAAGAGGCCCACAGCUGCCCACAGAGAGAGGAGAGACCUCCAGUCCCUGGUUCCUGUCCAGGCUGGAUGUCGUGAGUCUCCCGGUUGGUUUAACAGCAGCAGCUCCCAGCUACCUGCCAAAACCAACAGACGCAGGCGCAACAAGGACCUUUCCUUCACUGAGGUUCUGAAGAACUACAAGCUUCUGCCUGAUUCCCGGCCCAGCAGCCCAGAGAGCCUGUACCAGCCUGAGACAAUGAUACCUAGAAUCCCUGUCAGCAUCACGAGACCUGAUGUGAGGCCUAGCAACCCUCGGCAACCAACUAGAAGGCCUGUUAGACCAGUCGGCCUGGUCCAGCCUGAUGUACAGCCUUCCAGACCUGAGGGGAGGCCUGGCAACCCUCAGCAACCCACUAGACGGCCUGUUAGACCAGUCGGCCUGGUCCAGCAUGAUGUUCAGCCUUCCAGACCUGAGGGGAGGCCUAGCAACCCUCAGCAACCCACUAGACGGCCUGUUAGACCAGUCGGCCUGGUCCAGCAUGAGAUACAGCCUUCCAAACCUGAUGAGGAGGCCUAGCAACCCUCGGCAACCGACUAGAAGGCCUGUUAGACCAGUCGGCCUGGUCCAGCAUGAUGUUCAGCCUUCCAGACCUGAGGGAAGGCCUAGCAACCCUCGGAACACCACUAGGAGAAAAGUUAAGCCCAGUAAUCCUGUGUGUCCCGUUAUACUCGAGUCCCAACCUACCAGUCCUGUGAGCAUCACCACCAGCGCUGUGGACAUAGUCCAGCCUGAGUCCCGUUCUACCUGCCCUCUGACCCUGGAGGAGCCGGCCCUUUCAGAGUCAUGCAGCUUCAGCAACAAUGUGUUUGUUCUCUCCAUGCCGAAAGCUGCCCAGCCAGAGGAGGCU